CGCCAGCUGAGAGCUGACAAAUGCUGUUCUUGAAAUGUUGCGCAGUUUACGCGUGUUCGGGAAAGUGCAGGGAUUUUUGAUCCUGUUUACUGACACAAAUCUAGUUCGGAGUUUUAGGGUACAAGAGUUAGAUUGGCUCUUGACCAAGAUGCUGGGUGGGACUCACUGUUGAAUUGGACAUUUGUAAAGCCCCACACUCUUUCCUGUUUGGUUGCUAUGGAGCAACCACUGGGGGACUCUGAUGAUUUACAGCCACAGGACCUUUCCUCCACCCGCAGCCUUCCCGCUGUGAUGGACCUGACCAGAAAAGGUGAGGAAUGCCUCUUGAAAGCCAACUCCAUGGAGGCCCUACGGGUGGUCAAGCCUCCCAGCUGGUACCCAAACUUCCCCGAGACUGACCACGACCACAGGCUUCAACCAGUAGACCAGAUACAGCCGGGCAAUGCUUUCUCCAACACUACAGUCACUCUCUCAUAUGUGAGCCGGUCUCAUGUCUUCUCCCAGCAUCCCUCUCUCUCCCAGCAUCCCUCUCUCUCCCAGCAUCCCUCUCUCUCCCAGCAUCCCUCUCUCUCCCAGCAUCCCUCUCUCUACGGCGUCCCGUCGAUCAGCAGGUUCUCAACAAUGGAUGGCUACCUGCAGCAGGUGGAUAGGCCUCUGGGCUUAGCACCUCGGUCUGAAAUACUUGACUCUAUCCCUCCAGCCCAGGUGGUGGGUGAGAAUGUCGCAGGGGUGUGUCUGAUGCAGCAGUCUUAUGAAAUCAAUGGCCAUCGAGUUGCCAGUAACGGAGGAGUGGAGAAAUACAAGCCUCAACAGAGAGGGAGUUCAAUGAAACACACUCUUUCUCAGGACACGGUCAACAAAGGAUUGCAGAAUGGCCAGGGUAGUAGCAGCUGGUCCAACUCUGCCAUCUGUGUCGAUUCCUCCCCAGAGUCUCUCGCUACAGACAUGGAGGAGGGUCAGAGGGCUUCAGAGGUUCUCUUUCUCAUCUCUAGAACAGAGGAGCCGGUCCUGAUGCAGGACAGCAGGAGUCCCAGGGACCUGUGUUCUCCGAAUAGGGACUAUAUCAGUCCUCUGGAGGACCCGGUCUCUCCCUCUGUCUCACUGGACGACGUAGAGGAUGGGCUCAUUCUGCCUCAGGCCUCCUGCUCACACUGCGCUUACAAUUAUUCACCAGACGACACGGCUGAUACCCGCUGGGAUGAGCUGGGGAGAGGAGGACCUGGGCUGUCUGCAGUACAGGGGACAAGGUCUAAUGGUGAGAAUACACCAAGGUUAGAUUACAGCAAGGACUUCCAGCAGCCAGGACAUAAUCCCAAGGCAGCUUCGGAGCCUAUUGUUGAUUUGACAGAAGACGAGAGCACUGUGCCAGAGGUUUCAGAAAAGAACCCCAUGCAGACAGCUGCUACUCACCUGAAUGGUAAUGUGAAGGCAGAUCAGAGGACUUCUGAGAGGAAACGACUCCCCCCUCGCUCUGGCAGGGGAACCAGGUUAGAGGCCAUAGUGAUGAACAUAAACCCUAACUGGUAUAAAGUAUCCACCAAGAAGCCCAAGCGUCAGACGAACCCCCUGACCCAGAGCAGUCCAUCUAAAGCCUGUGUUAGUCCUAACAAACAGACCUUGUGUAUAGUGAAGAAGAAGAAGAAGGUCCAGAAUAAAGCAGCGUCUAGCUGCGAGGGAGAGACUAAAGUACAGGCAGCAGCAGCCUCACUGACCAGUCAUAUGGAUAACAUUUACACAAACGCAGACAGUUGCAUAGAGUCUACCUCAGAUUCGGAACACGCCCGUUCUUCGAAUUACCCACACAACCACAGCACAUCUCCAAUAACCUCCAGUCUGCCCUUUGCUCCAGACAAAGACUCAGAGAGGGAGUCGGAACACAGAGAGUCAGGUCCCGAGCCGCCCUCUGAGGUGGAUUUACUGACCGUAUCACCGUCACUUAAAACAUCUCCAAAGGAACCCGGGAAGCAUCAAGCUAAGACUACAAGCAGCGAAGCAGCUGCUCCCACAGCCAAAACAGGGAAGGCGACCCCUGCUCCCAAGAAGAAACGGAAGAAACCCAGACUGGACCAGUCCUCAAUAUUCUCCCCUCAGGAGCCUGAGAUCAAACUGAAAUACAUCAACUACAAGGAGGAGAAGAGGGCCAUGAGGGUGGACACGUUCUCUCCUUUCAUCCACAUAGAGCAUAAGCCCUCCUCCACCUCCCACGCCAACUCUACUGUCAUCAACUACCCAGAGGAGGAGAAGCCCAGGCAGAAUGGCCAAGGGCAACAGCAGGCUGGAAGUUCAGGAUCCAGGGGUUUCCUCCCAGGGGCUGUUCCCUCCACUUCCUGCCUCCAGCUGGGCCGCAUCUCCACCCACAGCCAGCACCACAGCUCCCUGGUUUGCUGCCUGUGUGGAGGCUCGGCUAACGCCAUGGACCUUGGGGACCUCCACGGGCCCUACUACCCUGAGGGAUACAGACCCAGCACUGAAGCCCCAGCUAGCAAACCAGGCCCCAAAGAAGAGGAGGAUCUCAGUGACUCUGACUCAUCCUGCAGCGUGAGAGGCCGGGGCAGAAAGUGUGCUCGGCCCCCGGGGGUCCCCUGGCCCCACAAACCUGACCCCCGGCUGAAACAGGAGGGCCUGCUGGGGAGGUGGACCAGUGACAGCGACCUCUCAGGCAGCCCUGGAGCUAAGAGGGGCAGGAUUGAGGCUGGGCCUUUGGUAACAUCUGGGGCCAGGACUGCAGUGGAUGACUGGUACAUUCCCCCUGUGGUGCCUCUGGACCAGUGUGAGUACUGGCUCCACGAGGACUGCAGCAUCUGGUCUACAGGUGUGUUCCUGGUGAAGGGAAGGCUCUACGGCCUGGAAGAGGCAGUCAAGGUGGCUCAGGAGACGACGUGUUCUUGCUGCCAUAACCCAGGUGCCACGUUGGGCUGCUUCAUCAAAGGAUGCCCCAACAAGUACCACUACAGGUGUUCUCUACAGUCAGACUGUGUCCUCAAUGAAGAGAACUUCUCCAUGAAAUGCACCAAGCACAAGAACAAGUCGUUUCAAGGCUCUCCUGGGAACAGAAGAGACAACCGGUGACACAACCAGAAGACAGACUUGACUACACAUGGCUGACGUCGUUCAUCUGUGGCGUUACGCGGGGUUUCUCCCGUGAACCCGGUAACUGUGGCAACGCUGUAACUGUCCUCUGAUUGACAGCUGGGCUGGGGCGGAAUGCAAACACCCACAAACCUUAAAACUGGCUUUCUGCACUUUCUGCUACCUUUCUUGUUAUCUUCACCACAUAAAGCACUGCGAAGACUAAAUAGGAGACCAGGGCUGUCCUAAUGUUCUGCCACCUCAUUCCUUCUCCUGGCUCUGGACUGACUGCCAACGGUGGAUAGUAGAUGGGCCAAUGACAGAACAGAAGAGUUGGGAGCGGGGCCCAAAGCCAAUGUCACCAUUUGAUUGAAGAUAAAUGUUUUCACGUCGCUUAUGGCUAAACACGUGCUAUCGCUUUGUAAUUAUUUAUUCGGAAAAAGGAUUCUCCCUUUUUUUAAAUUGAAAUGUUGAUAAAAUAAUUGGAGAUAUUUAAUUUUAUAAAGCUUUCUAAGUAUGUGAUAUAUAUUUGGCUUAUUUAUUUUUGGGGGUAUCUUGUGGCUUUAGUUUUUACUUUGAAAUUGACCCGGAGGUGUGUUUGUAUGCAUCUAAGUUAUGAGUAAGAACCUCGACGCUGAAGACUGCACUUGGUAGAGAAACUGGUGGUCGUAUAGCGGUGGUGUGGAGACUGGUGCAGAAUGGUCUAGUAUUCAGAUCGACCACAAGUUUAUCGACAGAACCAUAUCUGAUCACAAUUCAGGUACCUGAGAUCUAUUCAUAAAGACCAUACUGUACUACAUGGGAUGACAAUAACAUCUGAUUUAGUUCUGAGAGUGUGACCAGGCAUUUCAACGGAUUUUACUUGCACUUUGUUUUUUCAUUUGAUAAGUGAUAUAAAUAAUUGAGGGUUAACUGUG